CCCAAAGUUAUCAUAAAGAGGCGAAGAAGGUAAGUGGCCGUUAGACACAAAAAGAAAAAAACGAAAAAUGGGUUUUGUUUCUGCGAAAGUGAUUCUCAUCUCCACCGGGGUUUUAUCGAUGGCAAUGGGAUUCAAACUCACACUCCCUUUCAUAUCGCAUUUCCUCCUCACCCAAGCCCCGCACGUGUGGACCUUCUUCCUCACGUGCUUCACUCCUCCCUACCUCUACAUCCUCCUCAAUUUCAUCAUCCUCACCAUCGUCGCCACUUCCAAACUCCACAACCACUCCCCGCCGGAAGACACCGUCCUCCCCCCCUCCGCCGUCCAGAUCCCCGCUCCUGACACCGUCGACUUCUCCGCCGUCGCAUCUGACAAUUACCUUUACGAAACGGAAACCAAAUCGAGCCACGAUGCAGUCGCGGAAGCCAACGGUUCCGUCGGUUACGUUUACGACGAGAACACGCCGGUGAAGGCGACGGUUAACGACGACGACGAUGCCGUCUCUCCGAGCUUGCAGAGGAAAGAUUCGUUUGCAGACGAGAACGAGAAACCGCCGGUUUCUGCCAGAUUCAAUCACCGGAAAGCCGUGAGAGCAAGUCCCGAAGGAGGGAAGGUGGUGGCGUUGGGAGUGGCGAAGGCGAAGAAGCAGGAGACGUUGGAGAGCACGUGGAGGACGAUAACGGAGGGGAGAGCGAUGCCGUUAACUCGGCAUUUGAAGAAGGCGGAGACGUGGGAGACGCAGGGGACGCCGUUAAGGGAUUUGAACGGCGGAGCGGUGAUGAAGAAGUCGGAGACGUUUGCGGGGAGGGAGAAGAACGCGUCGACGAGGCUGAGGAAGGAGCCGUCGCUGAGUCAGGACGAGUUGAACCGCCGAGUGGAAGCGUUCAUCAACAAGUUCAACGCCGAAAUGAGGCUGCAGAGGCAGGAAUCGCUCAGACAGUACAGGGAGAUGAUGAAUCGAGGAACUCACUGAGCACACACACAACACACAACGCAUUUCUACAUGCUACACUCCAAUCCAAUUUGGGGGAAACGAAGAAAACGGUGCCGUUUUUGGAACCUCGAAUUACAGAACACACUGUGAUUAUUGGUUUUUCAGGUAAAGGAUGAAUCAAACACAGUUUUAGUUUAGUGUGCAUCAUGGAAAAAAUGUUUUGCUGAUAUUUUCAAUUUCCAUGAAUUGGAUUUUAUUUUUAUUUUUUUGGUUCUUUAUGUUAAUAGUUUGCCUAUGCUUUUUAAUGCAAUCUUCCGAUUGCGGAGGAAAUGUUUUGCUCAUAUUUUCAAUUUCCAUGAAUUGGAUUUUUUUUUAA